GUCGAUUCAGCGACAGUGGUUAGAGAGAUCAGCAUUGACAGAAUAUAGAUAUGUCACUAAGGCGAGCUUUACAUUUCGUCUUUAAAGUAGGCGAUAGAGGUAAAACCGCUACGUUCUAUCGUGAAGUUCUUGGUAUGAAGAUCUUACGUCAUGAAGAAUUUGAAGAAGGCUGCAAAGCAACGUGUAAUGGACCAUAUGAUGGAAAAUGGAGCAAAACAAUGGUGGGCUUUGGGCCGGAGGACGAGCACUUUGUGGCAGAGCUGACAUACAAUUAUGGAGUUGGAGAAUACAGACUUGGCAAUGACUUUCUGGGUCUCACCCUUCAGUCCAGCAAAGCUGUGAGUAACGCCAAAAGGCUAGGAUGGCCUUUAAAAGAGGUUGGCGAAGCUCUCUAUCUGGCAGAGGCACCGGGUGGAUAUCACUUUUACUUAUUGGAUAAGGAGCAACCUCAAAGUGAUCCAGUUCAGAAAGUGUCCUUAGCUGUUUCAGACCUGCAGAAGUCAGUACAUUACUGGUCCUCUCUCCUGGGCAUGAGUGUGAUGGAGAAAGAUGAGGCCAAGAAGACUGUGUUGAUGGGCUUUGGAGAUGAUCAGUGUAAAUUGGAGCUGCGAGACAUUGGCGGAGCAGUCGACCAUGGCACAGCUUUUGGCAGAAUAGCGUUCUCAUGCCCACGUGAACAGCUUCCUGAUAUUGAAGCUUGUAUGAAGAAAGAGAACCAGAAAAUUCCCACUCCGCUGGUUAGUUUGGACACGCCAGGAAAGGCUACUGUAGAGGUUGUGAUUUUGGCUGAUCCGGAUGGCCAUGAGAUUUGUUUCGUUGGUGAUGAAGCCUUUAGGCAGCUUUCCACGAUGGAUAUCAAAGGAAAUGACUUGUUGGACAAGGCAAUGGCUGACGAUAAGAGUGAUGAAUGGUUUGCGAAGCACAACAAACAAAAGGCCGCAGCCUAAGGUGUCUCUGGAUACCUCAUUCUCAUUUCAACCAUUCUGAAGACAUGGAAAUAGGCAGUAGUCAUUAUUUACAGUAGUUCGAUUCUACACACACAAAAACUCCCAAUCUGUUUAUUGCUCACAUUCCCUUUAUUUUGUAGUCCUAAAUACAUACUCCUGCUGCUCAUAAAAGGCUACAAUUCAUCUUCUGCCAUCUCCCUUGGGAAGACAGUGAUUUGCAUUGACCACCCUCCUCUAUUUUCUUAAAUAAAAGCAACAUUUUAUUUGGAAAUGUUUGUGUAUAUGAAUUUGUAAAUUGAUGAUUGUUGAUAAUGGAAGUUGUAUUCUACCAUACUUACUUAAUCCCAUUAAAUAAUUUUGU